AUGCAAGACUCUAAGGUUGAGUUUGAAGAGCUUAACGUGAUCAAAACCAUUGGACAAGAACACGAAGAAAGUGGAGUAAGGUACGCGUUGAAAUGUGUGAGCAGGAAAUGUAUCCGAGUGCUCAAGCAACAAAAACAUAUCAAACUCGAGAGGGAAAUUAUGGCUCAGAAUGAUCACCCUUUUAUCAUUCAAUUGGUCAAAACAUUCAAAGACGAUGACAACGUCUAUUUCCUAACGGAGCUGAUAACGGGUGGUGAAUUGUACGACGCCAUAAGGAAAAUUGGCUUGCUGUCGAGAUCACAAGCGCAAUUCUACAUCGCCUCCAUCGUUCUAGCCUUUGAGUACCUACACGAAAGGCAAAUCGCAUAUAGAGAUCUCAAGCCGGAAAACAUAAUGUUAGACGAACAAGGGUAUAUAAAACUGAUUGACUUCGGAUGCGCAAAAAAAAUCAAAGGGAGAGCGUAUACACUGAUUGGAACGCCACACUACAUGGCGCCUGAAGUUAUACUUGGGAAAGGUUACGGAUGCCUGGCUGAUGUGUGGUCCUUUGGAGUCUGCCUCUACGAGUUUGUAUGUGGACCGUUGCCCUUUGGCAAUGAUGUGAGCGACCAACUUGACAUAUUCAGAGAGAUUCUGAAAGGGGAGUUGGUAUUUCCCGAGUACGUGCAAGAUCAAGAGGCCGUUAAUAUCAUCAAACGGUUGUUGUGCAGAGUCCCUGAGGUCAGAUUAGGAAGCUCGAUUAACGGCUUUAAGGACAUCAAGGAACACUCGUUUUUUAGAGUAGGCGUAGAGUACCGCUAG